AUGAGCGUAAAAGGGGACAUUGGUGUGCCCGGUGUUAGUGGUGAGUACGCUGCGCAUGGCGUCAAAGGUGAUCCUGGAAUGCGGGGGCCCCAGGGUGCUCCGGGAGAUCAGGGCCUCACUGGUAUAAAAGGCAUACCUGGCGAUAUAGGUGACACGGGUCCUUUAGGAUCCCAGGGCGAGAUAGGUGAACAUGGGCUGGAAGCAGCAGAUGGUGAGCUCGGUCCAGCUGGUGAAAAAGGAGAGAUUGGUGAAGAGGGCCCUAAAGGCGAAGUUGGUGAGCCUGGCCCUGUUGGCGGCGAGGGUGAACAGGGACCGAAGGGACGAGAAGAGAAAGGCCGGAUGGGCGAAAUAGGGGAUCAGGGCGAAAUCGGCCAGCUGGGCGACUUUGGGGAACCUGGCCAAUCUGGAGAUUCAGGGGAGCUUGGCGAGCAAGGAGAG